AUAAAAACACAUUCUUUUAACCUCCACCAACUGAUUAAGAAACUUUAAUCCUUCAAAAUGGUUGAUUUAAGUCACCACGAUAAAGCAGUUUUAAACUGCAUUUUCAACCCAAGUUUACCAUUAACCGAAGCGUACGAUGAAGAAUUAAACUCUACGAUUCAAGACGUUGAAGAAGAAACCGAAGAAAUUCUUAACGCGAAAGAAUUAGAAAUCGAGGCAAUUAAUCGCGCCGAAAAAGGCGAUUUAGAGAACGCUUUGAAUAUUCUUAACGAAGCUUUAAAUAUUGCACCACAAAAAGCUUCCUUAUACAACAAUCGCGCCCAAAUUUAUCAACUUAAAUUCAUGGAAAACGGUAAUUAUCAAAACGAUUUUUAUUUUUUAAAUCUUAAUUCAUUUUUAGAGGCUUUUCUUGAUUUGACGAAAGCGAUUGAAUUGGCUCGAAAUAACCAAAAAAGAACGCUUUGUCAGUCUUUGUGCCAAAGGGGGUUAUUGUAUAGGAAAAGGGAACAAAACGAUUCGGCAAGGGACGAUUUUGAUGAAGCCAGCAAACUUGGAAGUCAAUUUGCGAAAUCUCAAUUGGUUGAAUUGAAUCCAUACGCUGCGUUAUGUAACCAAAUGUUAAGGAAAGUUAUGAACGAUUUAAAAUAAUGAAAUUAAACAUUUUGAGUGAUAUCUCUUAUUCAACAGUAAAAGUAAUUAUAUAAUAAUAAAAAUAAUAAAUUUUUAUUUCUAACUU